AUGGGACCCCCUUCCAGCUCCGGCUUCUACGUGAGCCGCGUGGUAGCCCUGCUGCUGGCCGGGCUGGCUGCCGUGCUCCUGCUGGCGCUGGCCGUACUCGCCGCCCUGUACGGCCACUGCGCGCGCGUCCCGCCGUCGGAGCUUCACGACCGCGGGGGCCCGCACGCCGCGUCCUCCCCGCCAGGCAGGCAGGAGCCGGCGCGGACCCCGAAGCCCGGCCCCACUCUGGAGACGGAGGUGGCGCCCACCCCGCGCAACUGGCGACCCCCGGGGCCCUGGGACCAGCUGCGCCUGCCUCCCUGGCUCGUGCCGCUGCACUAUGAGCUGGAGCUGUGGCCCCGUCUGAGGCCAGAAGAGCUCUCGGCGCCGGCGUUGCGCUUCACUGGCCGCGUGAACAUCACCGUGCGCUGCAUCGCGGCCACGGCGCGGCUGCUGCUUCACAGCCUCUUCCUGGACUGUGAAAGCGCCGAGGUGCGGGGACCACUGUCCCCGGACGCCGGAGACGCCACCGUGGGCCGCGUGCUGGUGGACGAGGUGUGGUUCGCGUUGGACAUGCAGUACAUGGUGCUAGAGCUUGGCGAAGCCCUGCAGCCCGGGAGCCGCUAUGAGCUUCAGCUCAGCUUCUCCGGCCCGGUGUACCAGGACACCAGGGAGGGACUCUUCCUCAAUCUCUACACGGACCAGGGUGAGCGCAGGGCCCUCUUAGCAUCUCAGAUGGAACCAACAUUUGCCAGGAAUGUUUUCCCUUGUUUUGAUGAGCCAGCUCUGAAGGCAACUUUUAAUAUUACAGUUAUUCAUCAUCCAAGUUAUGUGGCCCUUUCCAACAUGCCAAAGCUAGGUCAGUCUGAGAAAGAAGACGUGAAUGGAAGCAAGUGGACUGUUACUACCUUUCACACCACGCCCCAUAUGCCCACUUAUCUAGCCGCCUUUGCUAUCUGUGACUACGAGCAUGUCAGCAGGACUGAAAGGGGCAAGGAGAUACGCAUCUGGGCCCGGAAAGAAGCCAUCGCAGCUGGAAAUGCAGACUUUGCUUUGAACAUCACAGGUCCCAUCUUCUCUUUUCUGGAGGAUUUAUUUAAUAUUAGUUACCCUCUUCCAAAAACAGAUAUAAUUGCUUUGCCUACUUUUGACAACCGUGCAAUGGAAAACUGGGGACUGUUGAUGUUUGAUGAGUCAUUAUUGUUGCUGCAACCAAAUGAUAAACUAACAGAAAAAAAGACUGUGAUCUCCUAUAUUGUCUCCCACGAGAUUGGACAUCAGUGGUUUGGAAACUUGGUUACCAUGAAUUGGUGGAACAAUAUCUGGCUCAAUGAAGGUUUUGCAUCUUAUUUUGAGUUUGGAGUAAUUAACGACUUCAAUCCGAAACUCCCAAGGAAUGAGAUCUUUUUUUCUAACAUUUUACAUGGUGUCCUCAGAGAAGAUCACGCCCUGGUAUCUAGAGCCGUUUCCAUGAAGGUGGAAAAUUUCACAGAAACCAAUGAAAUAAACGAGCUCUUUGACCUAUUUACUUACAACAAGGGAGCGUCUCUGGCCCGGAUGCUUUCUAGUUUCUUGAAUGAGAAAAUAUUUAUCAGCGCACUUAAGUCAUACUUGGAGACAUUUUCUUACUCAAAUGCUGAGCAAGAUGAUCUAUGGAGGCAUUUUCAAAUGGCCAUAGAUGACCAGAGUAAAAUUCUUUUGCCAGCAACAGUAAAAAGCAUCAUGGACAGUUGGACACACCAGAGUGGUUUUCCAGUUAUCACCUUAAAUGUAUCUACUGGUGUCAUGAAACAGGAGCCAUUUUAUCUUGGAAAGGUUAAAAAUCAGACCCUUCUAACCCACAAUGACACAUGGAUUGUACCUAUCCUUUGGAUAAAAAAUGGAACUACACAGUCUUUAGUCUGGCUAGAUAAAAGCAGCAAAGUAUUCCCUGAAAUGCAAGUUUCAGAUUCUGAUCAUGACUGGGUGAUUUUAAAUUUGAAUAUGACUGGAUAUUAUAGAGUUAACUAUGAUAAAUUUGGUUGGAAGAAAUUAAAUCAACAGCUUGAAAAAGAUCCUAAGGCUAUUCCUGUUAUUCACAGACUUCAGUUGGUUGAUGAUGCCUUUUCCUUGUCUAAAAACAGUUAUAUAGAGAUUGAAACAGCACUUGAUUUAACCAAGUACCUUGCUGAAGAAGAUGAAAUCAUAGUGUGGCAUGCAGUUUUGGUGAACCUAGUGACCAGGGAUCUCGUUUCUGAUGUGAACAACCAUGAUAUAUAUCCACUAUUAAAGAAGUAUCUGUUAAAGAGACUUAUCUCGAUAUGGAAUACUUAUUCAACUAUAAUUCGUGAAAAUGUGGCAACAUUGCAGGAUGACUAUUUAGCUCUAAUAUCACUGGAAAAACUUUUUGGAACUGCGUGUUGGUUGGGUCUUGAGGACUGUCUUCAGCUGUCAAGAGACCUUUUCAGAAACUGGAUGAACCAUCCAGAGAAUGAAAUACCUUAUCCGAUUAAAAAUGUGAUUUUAUGUUAUGGCAUUGCCUUGGGAAAUGAUAAAGAAUGGGAUUUUUUGUUAAAUAUCUACAAUAAUAAAACAAAGGAAGAAGAAAGGAUUCAACUUGCUUAUGCAAUGAGCUGCAGUAAAGAUCCGUGGAUACUUAACAGAUAUAUGGAGUAUGCCAUCACUACAUCUCCAUCCACUUUUAAUGAAACAAAUAUAAUCGAAGCUGUGGCAGCCUCUGAAGUUGGCCGAUACGUUGCAAAGGACUUUUUAAUCAACAAUUGGCAAGCUGUGAGUGAAAGGUAUGGAACACAAUCAUUGGUUACUCUGUUAUACGUAAUAGGGAGAACCAUAAGUACGGAUUUACAGAUCUUAGAGCUGCAGCAGUUUUGCAGUAACAUGUUGGAGGAGCACCAGAGACUCACAGUUCAGGCCAAAUUACAGACAAUAAAGAAUGAAAAUCUGAAAAACAAGGAGCGAAGUGCCAGGAUAGCUGCAUGGCUACAGAAAAACACAUAAUUUAGUGGCAGCUUCCGGCCCUUCUCUUGCAUAUUAUAAUGUGCUCACGGUUUUGUCUUCCAAUAUUCUGUGAGUCUGGAAAACCACACGUUUUGUUAUUCGUAUUUCAGUCACAUUUACUACUCAGAGUCCUGUUCUUCCCCUAUUGUCACGUUUGGCCCGGAGGCUCAGUGAUUGUUGAGGAUUUUGCCAAUGAUGCUGUAUUUCUGGGGAAGAUUUUGCUUCAUGUUGGGCUAUAAACCACAUGAUUUACUUUAAAUGCCUUGGAAAAACAAAUUUACCGUAGAAAGUUUUGCUUGUUCAGUUGUGAAGGCCAGUGGAAGAUUACAUCAUUGGGUAAUGAGCACAUUCUUUUCUGAGGGAAAUACAGAUUUGCAAUACUCUAGGGUUUAUUUAGUUCAAUACUUAAAAGAGUAAUGAGCAAAUGACACAACAGUGUAAAGAAAUAGAAACCAGAAAAAUAAUAUUCACUAGAAGACAGACAAGCCAAAGAAAUGCAAGUUUUAAAAAGAAGAAACAGACAAUUUUGUGAGCCACAUUAAGUGCCCCAAAGGCAAGAAAUGUGUCUCCUCCUCCCCAUUUCUCUCUCCCCGGUACCUGCUGCAUCACGCCACACUUUACUGGCUACUAACUUUAUGGUGUCACAAAGAGACCUGGAAUCGUAGGAUCUAUGAAGUACCCUUAGGAUUGCUGUUGUGGAGAGCAAAUGGAAAGCAAGGCUCUGCCCUGAAGCUCUUGACUGUAAUUCACCUGUGGGACAGACACUCUUUCGGCCAAAAUUUAGCAGCAAAAAUGAUGAUGUCAACAGACAAUAGCAAUUAUGGGCUAAUCUCCAUCACAAAGGACAAUGGUCAGAUAAAGAGUAAUAGAACUAAAAGAUUAACCAGAGCAUAAUCUUUAUAGCUUUGCACUCAGCAGAUUAAGUUUGAAAUGUGGUUUCAUUUGGCCAAAUUGAACCUGCUUGUAGUUUGGACAACUUUAAACAUUUUCAUCAAUCACAAAGUACGGAAUUAGCUGAGUUUUGUUACCCCUGAUUUAAUCAGGACAGCUAAGGCAAAUCAUCCUACUCUAGAUUUUGUGUGUAUACCAUUUAAUUCUUGUUUUCACUUUAAUUUUGUUUUUACAGAAUGGGGGUAAAACUACAGAUCUUCUAUCUACCUCAAAGUGAUACUGUAAAGAUUAAGGAUUAUGUCAAUGAAAAGCCUUUAAAUAUGUCAUAUAAACUCAAGGCAAUGUGAUCUAAGGGUUUUUUCCUAUUUCUUCUGUAAGUUAAUGUACCCACAAAUUAAUAGGCAAGACAAAAGUUCACUUUCAUAGUCACUUCACAAGAAGAUACUCCCUGAGAGGGAGUGGGAGGUUAUGGGACGUGGCCAUGAGAACAGACCAAAGCACAGCCUGCACAGACUUGACCAUGGGUCAUAGGUCAGAGAGAUUUUUCUUUAAAUUUAGCAAUUUAAAAUAUAAGCAAUAAAACGUCUCCAUGUCUUCAAA